UCACAGAAGGAAGGCUUUUAGCAUUUCUUCAUUACGAUUUAUACCAAGAUCAAUGAAGUCAUUGCCUUGAAUAGCAAUUGGGCAAAAACUCUCUGCUUUGGACGACACUUCACCGAACUGAUAAGAAGUCAUCAACAACUUGUCGAAAAGGUGCGGACCCAGCAAUGAUGGCUCGACACUUCAAAAAGUCUUUCUUGGUAACAAUUGGAAUCUUGGUUCUUGCUCUCAACCAUGUAUUUGUGGCAUCACAGACUACUUUAGCAGAUGGUUUCCCACAACUUGGCAUCACUGAGGAAGAACAUGUCACUGAUGCUGCAGAACGACUUGGUACAACUGAGAAAGAAUACGUCACCUACGCUCCAGAACUACUCUAUAUCACCGGGGAAGAGUACGUUUCUGAUGCUCCAGGCCCACUCGGUAGCACUGCGAAACAAAAUGUUACUGAUGCUGCAGAAUUGCUCGGUUCCACCAAGGAACAACACGUUACUGAUGCUCCAAAUCCACUUGGCGCCACCGAGGAAGAAUACUUUACUGUUGCUCCAGAACUGCUUGACACCACUGAGGAACAAAAUGCUUUCAGUUCUGCAGAAUUACUUAGUACCACCAAGGAAAAAUACUUUACUGAGGAUGCAGAACUGCUUGACACCACUGAGGAACAAAAUGCUUUCAAUUCUGCAGAAUUACUUAGUACCACCAAGGAAAAAUACUUUACUGAGGAUGCAGAAAUGCUUGACACCACUGAGGAGCAAAAUGCUUUCAAUUCUGCAGAAUUACUUAGUACCACUGAGGAAGAAUACGUCGCUGAUGAUACCGAACUACUUGGUACUACUGAGGAGGAAUACGUCACCCACACUCUAGCACUACUUGGCACCACUGAUAAUGAAUACGUUAAUGAUGGUUCUGAAGCAGUGAUCGGUCAGACAAGGGAAAGCAGAAGCUGCAAUAAAGUUUACAUUUGGUUAAUUAUCAUAGGUAUAUUAACUGUCUUCUGCACAAUUCUGCUGGUGUCAACAAUUGCCUUUGCCUAUCAGGCAUCAAAUCUUAAGGCCAGAAUGGGAAAACGGUCAGUUAGAAGCAAUUCUGACUUCAUUAAAACAGGCAGUCUCUGGUCAAAUGGCGCCAGGGAAGUGCCAGGAGAUUCAGCAGACACCAACAUCUUGCUUGAAGAAGUCAGGCCUUUGAAAGAUGACGAUGAAGCCAAGCUGCCAAAGAGCACCAAAGAUGUUUAAGUCCAGAGCAGGCACAAAACCAGUAAAGCUAGCUGUUAAAGCAAGCAAAGCAGACCAACCUCUGUGGAAACUCAUCGUUGAUUAGCGAGUUUUAAUGCGUUAAUUUGUCACAUAACUGCUCAUUACAACUGAAAACAGCUCAAAGAAAUUCACAUUCCAUUUUUUAAGCGCCAAUUCUCUAAAUCCUCAAAAUAAACUACUUCCAUUUACCACCUAGUGAUGUGACAUUCAUGCAUAAUUACACCACUUCAAAUUCCCACAUCAAUUGUAAGAUCCAUUCUGUACUGAUAAAAAUGCCAUUGAAAGGGUAGCUGAAAAAGAAAUCCCCAGUUGACACGACAAAUUUGCAGUCGUUUGAGAAGACAGGAAAGGUGCAAUGGUAAAUGAAGACUUAUAACACACAAUGACAUUGUACAGUUGGUAGAGCUGCUGUCCGAGUUUGAUCCUGACCUCGGGUGCUGUUUGUGCAGAGUUUACACUUUCACCGUGACUGCGGGCUUUCCUCUGGUUUCUUCCCACAUCCCAAAGGCGCGCAGGUUUGUAGGUUAAUUGGCCUUCUGUAAAUUGUCCCUUGUGUGUAGGGAGUGAAUGCGAAAGUGGGACAACAUAGGAUUGGUGAGAACGGGUGGUGGAUGGUUGGUGUGGACUUGGUGGGCCACAGGGCCUGUUUCCAUGCUGUGUCUUUUAAACAAUCAAUAUUUUUUUUAAAUCUAUCUGCAAUGUCCUACUUUUAUAAGAAAGAAGCAUGGAAUAAAGUAAUAUCUUUUAUACAGAGUCUUACAAAAUUCCAAACCAACUAUUCGGAAUUGAGCAUGUGCAUUACAUCUUGGGGAAACAGUCGAAGACACAAGAGAAAUACAUAAAAAUUCAGCAGAUUGUGGAAAGAUAAGCACAGUUAAUAUUUCAAAUUGCACAGCAUUCAUCAUAGCCUUACAAUGAAUUUUCAGCAUGGGCAAUAAUUAGAAUUUCAACAGUAAGACGGCUUUCAUGCCCUUCUUGCUCCAAGGAAGCGGAAAUGGUGCCAAUAGUGACGAGCGAGAACCUUUAUUGGUAUGCUAUGGUGAUAUUAUCUUGCUUGGGCCCAAUGUGUUCUGCAUUGUACAUGCCUUCAUGGAUUCACUUGUUGGGUCCAGCAGAAAGAAAGAAAACUGGACGAUAUUUGACCCAAAAUAAAUGAGAGAUAAUAUUAGGGAGUUAGCAAUGUGUCCAUUAACAUUAGCAUCCUUCAAUGCAUUCAGUAAAUGUUUAAACAGAGUUUGAUGGCCACACAUUUCAACUCAAACCAUAAAUACUGCCAGGUGCUUUAUUACUCCUUAAUGCUACUCAAAGAGUAUCACCAUGUAAGGAUAUUUAAGCCCCUUCAUUGUCUCCUAACAAAACCAGAACAACUCUGGAAAGAUUAAGAACAAGUAAAAUCUGUAAAGGGAUCUUAAAUUUUUGGUUAUUGUGUCAGAUCAACCUCAAUUGUAUUCAGUUCAACAUCAAUUGUGUUCAGUUCUGGGCACCAUAUUAUGGGAAAGAUGUUAAGCUGCAAAAGGGCACAGAGAAGAUUUACAAGGCUGUUGCCUG